AUGGAGGCAUUAGAGAUAGCAGAGUAUGAACUUGGCAGUAUGUGGCGCUUUGUAUCGACGAAUCUAUCUAUGCGUGGAGAAAAGACUUUACAUCAACAGCAGCAUUUGAAUUUCUCUAUCAAUGAGGAACAGGCACUUGAAGAAAAGGUGAACGAAGGCAUUACUACGUACCGACGUGCAGUCGCAGACGUACAGGACUGGAUACAGGAGCUAAAGGAUCCAAUAAAGGUACAAGAAGCGACAAAAAUGCUGGAAAACUACAAGGAAAAACUGCAGAAUCAUGUGGUUGCAUGCAGAAAGAUGUUGGUGACCUAUCGUCAACGUGCAAAGCUUGAACGGCUCGAGCAGCAGCGGAAGAGUCUCUUGCCCUCAAGCUCCCGACAAGGAAAUAAAGCUACAACAACGAUCAAUAACAGCAAUAAGAAUGCCGCUGGAUCAUUAGUUGAUGUCACAGCAGCACUGAAACGUACGCGGCAGGUCAUGUCGCAGGAAAUUGAACGGGUUAGCUCGGUGACUAAAGUACUGGACGAUGGACGACUGAGCUUGAGGAGUUCCCACGAUGAAUACAGUAGUGUCAAUGCUGAAAUUGCAGAAGUACGAAAGAGGUUGAAGGCACUGGAAUGGCAAGCGAGACAGGAUAAAAUGUGGAUUGCCGCCGGCAUUCUAGUCCUCAUCUCGACGGUCCUGUUUAUUGUGUAUGAACGCACAGGGCUCGUGUUUAUAUGA